AUGGUAACAUUUUUUGGGGACGUUAAGGGAAUUCUAUCAUUCGAUUAUUUAGAGAAAUGUAGGGCUAUCAAUGUUGAAUAUAAUGCUAAUCUUUUGGAUAAAUUCCAUUUCAAAAUCAAAGAGAAAAGACCAGGUUUGGACCAAGAAAAAAGUCCUAUUUCACAGGACAAUGCUUCCGUACACAAGGCUGCCAUUGUGAUGGCAAAACUUCAUGAACUCAAGUUUGAAAUUCUUUCUCAUGCACCCUAUUCUCCUGAUAUGGUUCCCUCGGACUACAAACUCUUCCCCAGCAUGAAAAAAUUUCUGGCAGGAAGGAAAUUCUGUUCUGAUAUCGAAGUCAUCUCAGAUACGACUGCUUACUUUGGAGCCUUAGAAGGAAGCUCUUACAGGCAAGGGAUACAAGCAUUUGCUCAUCGCUGGAGCAAGUAUAUGUCCUUGGAAGAAGACACUGUUGAAAAAUAA